CUGACUGGAUUUGUUUCCAUAAAUUCAAAUGGAACUCGUAUACCACUGUUCUCCGUUUACGUACUCGAUCCAAAUUUCAACCAAGUGACAGUUAUAAACCUUACAAUGGCUAACGGUACACCAGUGAUGUUGAAGGGCUACUCGAACGAAGCGACCGCUCUUUGGGCUACUCGAAAUGGCCAACGACCUCUUGUUCGUCCAAAGUGCGGCUACACUGGAACUGAAUGUCCAAAGCCAUUCUGGGAGCAAUACGGUCUAUACGUUAUCAUUGGAGCAGCGUUGCUUGGAGUUCUGAUUGUGGCUGCGAUAAUAUUUGCUUUCUAUGUGGUUAAGUUACGGAAGGAAGAACGAGAGCAGCAACGAUUGUUAUGGCAGAUCCCUUAUCGUGAACUUCAACAGCAGAGCAAACGGUCUCUCCAGUCGGGCAAAUCAGUGAUGACAGGAGACUCAAAGCUGACAGAAUCAAAUUUUGGUGACUAUGAGAUCUACUACCUCGAGAACGAUCCCGUUUUGACCACAAAAUAUUUUGCGACAGGCCUUACGGAGGAGGACCAUUCUAGGUUUCCACAGAUGAGGAAAUUGGAUCACGAUAAUGUUAAUCGAUUCAUCGGACUUUCAAUUGAUGGGGCCGAGUAUGUGGCUAUUUGGCGAAUGUGUUCCAGAGGCACCCUACAGGAACUAAUUUUGAAAGGCUCUCUGUGGUUUGAUCCAUUUUUCAUGCUAUGUAUCAUGAGGGAUAUCGCAGAGGGACUUCGAUUUCUGCAUAAUUCAUUCAUAUCAUCCCAUGGUCGUCUUCGCUCGGAUUGUUGCCUAGUAACUGACAGCUGGCAAGUCAAGGUAUCGGACUACGGUACCGGAUCAUUGCGCGAAGAUGAUCGCCUCAUGAAGAAACGGUUGCUGUGGAUGGCCCCCGAACAUAUCCGAUCUUCCGACACUUCAACGAGAAGCUCUAAGGAGGGCGACAUAUACUCUUUUGCCAUUAUUGCCUCCGAAGUCGUUACGCGAAAGCCGGCAUGGGACCUGAGUGAGCGAAAAGAGCGAACGGAUGAGCUGCUUUAUUUGCUGAAGAAAGGAGGGCAUGCCCCACCACGACCAGAACUCAACACCGACGGCGAAGUCAACGUAGCGCUGCUCCAUCUCAUACGUGAUUGCUGGAGCGAAAAGCCAGGUGAUCGACCCGAUGCUGCCACACUAUGCAGAAUCUUGAAGACAAUGAUGCCAAAUAGGAAGAGUAAUCUGAUGGACCAUAUGUUCAACAUGUUGGAAGACUACACGACAACCUUAGAGUUAGAUGUUGAGGAAAGAACGAAGCAACUGAAGGAAGAAAAGAAGAAAGCUGACAUACUUCUGGGUAGAAUGUUACCGAGACAAGUGGCAGAUCGUCUGAAGUUGGGACAAACAGUCGAACCAGAGGGUUUCGAAAGCGUCACGGUGUUUUUUUCUGAUGUCGUCAAGUUUACUCAGUUAGCUGCCAAAUGCACAGCUUUUCAAAUUGUGAAUCUUCUCAACGACCUGUACAACGGAUUCGAUUCCAUCAUUGAAGAGCACUCUGUAUACAAGGUGGAAUCGAUUGGUGAUGGAUACUUGUGCGUCUCUGGUCUGCCAGUGAGGAAUGGUCAUGAACACAUCAGAGAGAUAGCUGAGCUCUCUCUGUCGUUUAUGAAAUUUGUUGACGAGUUCAGGAUAUCGGCUCUUCCAAGAGAAAAAGUUCAACUUCGAAUUGGUGUGAAUUCAGAAGUGGAUAUCUGUGAUGCUUUAAGAAUGAGGCAGCUACAAGUUUUAUCUCGAGCUAAGACUGGCCCAUGUGUAGCUGGAGUCGUCGGCCUAAGUAUGCCACGAUACUGCCUCUUUGGAGACACUGUGAACACAUCAUCACGGAUGGAGAGCAAUGGAAAACCUGGUCUCACUCAUAUGUCCAAAGAAGCGCACGAUCUGCUUAUCAAAGACUACAGAGCAGAUUAUGAGACACAGUUGAGAGGAGAAGUUAUUAUAAAGGGAAAAGGCGUGAUGGAAACAUAUUGGUUGAUUGGCCGCCGUAGCGCUUCAUCUUCUGCUCCUCCAAUCCAAGAGGUUGCUAGCGAUGAAGAAGAGGAAGAAAAGACCGAGCAACAAGAUGAACCACAGAACCCUUCUACCAGUGAUGACAAGGCAGUUGAGAAGACACCGCCGUUAACUCCGGACACCGGCUCCACAGAUGCAAUGUACAGAAACUAUUUGCGUAACAACACUAUAGAAGCUACUUAG